CAAGAAAAAAAAGGCAUUACAAAUAUACUCCUAUAUACUUAAGAUAAUUCGUAACACAUGAUCCAUUGAUCCAGCUUGUGGAGAGAUUCCAGUUUGGCAGAUAUAUAAUACCAUAUAAAUCUCCUGCUGCCACCUAUUACAGGGAAGAAAUCAAAGCAGUUUAAACAAACAGAUUAGCCAGGCUAAGACGCUGGCAUCAAACGGGACAGCGAAACUUGACUGAGAUUGCCAGAAGAUGAUUACUUCUGUGUGUCUGAAAUUGCCAGCAGACGAUUACUUAUGUGAGUGUGAUAUGCUUCACACGACACACUGCCACCCACGUGGUGUAAGCGUACUAGCUAUAUAUUCAUCAGCUGGAACUUGCAGUGUAAGAAGUAAGAACAAAAUCUUAAUUAUCAUCAACAUAUGACCUUAGAAGCAAAACAAUCGACCAACUAUUCCAAAUUCUUGGUGUCUAAGUUACCAAGAUUUUAAUUGAUUGUAGCUAUCAUCAGAGUUUGUUAUUGCAGAUGGAAGUCUCAACUCUCAAGUCUCAACCUAUGAAACAAGGACAUGAAGCUGUGUCCUUUUGAUUUCAGGAAAAGCUUCUUGUCCAAAAGUGUAAUCAAGUAGCCAACUUCUGGUUUCUAUACAUGAUUCUUACUUCUAUAGCUAUCCUAUUUCCAAGUACAGAAAGCUCCUUCCAACUUUCAUUAGUAGUGCAACACAGAAUUCAAGUCAAGGUCUCAUGGUUAAUAAUUAUCUAAUCUAAGCUAGUUAAGUAACAAUCGCGAAAAUCUCCAAUCCAUAUAUAACAAUAUCCAAUCAAUCAGCAUAUAUUAGAUUAGUCAAAAUGAGCAAUCGAAUAACUGAGCUCCAUCUACUUCUUAAGAACCCAUGAUCCGUCCCCCCCAAAAAAAAAGAGAUAGGACUAUAGGAGUGGAGAGUGCACAUGAAUUGAGCUAGCAGCAGGUUAGAACAUAGUGCCGUGGCAAGCACAAAAGCAAGCAACCAGCCAACCAACAUACCUGCAACCAUGCUAGAAUUAGCAUCAGUCCUCCUCAUACUAAUCAUCUUCCCGGUGAUGGUCAUGGAAAUAACUGCUGCCACCUCAGGACAUGAUGUAUCGUUGCCGGGCUGCCCCGACAAGUGUGGCAAUGUGUCCAUCCCUUACCCUUUCGGAAUCGGCGAUGGCUGCGCUGCAACCAACAUAAGCCGCUACUUCAGCGUCACAUGUAACAACACCUUUGAACCACCACGACCUGUGGUUGGUGGACCUUUGAUGCAGGGGGAGGUCAUCGACAUCUCCCUGGUGAGUGGUGAGAUGCGAAUUUACGGCCCCAUCAGCUACAGCUGUUUCACGUCGAACACCACCACACCAGAUAACAAAUCCAGCGAGUUCAGCCUGGAGGGCACGCCAUUCGUCCCCUCGGCCACACGCAACCGCUUCACGGUCAUCGGCUGCAGCACUCUGGGGCUCAUCGGGGGGUCUAUUCAUGGUGAUGCCAACCCAUAUGUGACUGGCUGCUACUCCUACUGCCAUGGCCUCAACAGCACGUCUGACGGUGCGCCGUGCACCGGAAUGGGCUGCUGUGAGACCACCAUCGUGCCAAACAUCAUCAACUUCACAACGACAUUGCUCAACCUGAGUUCUGUGUGGAAAUUCAAUCCAUGCUUCUAUGCUAUGCUCACAGAGGUUGGAUGGUACAGCUUCAGGCGGCAGGACCUUGUCCCGCACCUUGGUUUUGUCGAUGAGAGGGCAAAGAGGGGCGUCCCGGUCGUCCAUGACUGGGCCAUCAGAAAUGGUUCCUGCCUGGAGGAGGGUGAGAAGACGCAAAAAAACUAUGUUUGUGUCAGUUCAAACAGCUAUUGUGUAAAUGCAAGAAAUGGCCGAGGGUACCUGUGCAACUGUUCUGAAGGAUAUGAAGGGAAUUCUUAUCUUCCCAAAGGCUGUCAAGACAUCGAUGAGUGUGAACUGCGUAAGCAGGACCCUAAGUAUGAACAAUUAUAUCCAUGCAACAAUGGAGUGUGCCAAAACUUACCAGGAGGCUAUAGAUGCAAUUGCAUGAUAGGAACAAGAUCAGAUGGUACAAAUUAUGGAUGUCAAACAGUGCUUCGUCAAGCUGAACGAGUAGCAAUAGGCCUCAGUAUUUCUGCAGUCAAGGUCAUGGCUCUAACAUGCUUGUUAGUUAUGAAAUUACAAAGAAGAAAACACAUUAAGGAGAAGGAUGCGUAUUUCAAACAGAAUGGAGGUCUGAAAUUAUAUGAUGAAAUGAGAGCAAGGCAAGUUGACACUGUUCUUUUACUUACAGAGCAAGAGAUAAGGAAAGCCACAGAUAACUACAGUGAUCAUCGAGUUCUUGGAUGUGGUGGUCAUGGAAUGGUUUAUAGAGGAACUUUAGAUGACGACAAAGAACUUGCCAUAAAGAAGUCUAAAGUUAUUGACAAUGACUGCAGAGAAGAAUUUGUAAAUGAGAUAAUAAUAUUGUCGCAAAUUAACCAUAGGAACAUUGUGAGGUUACUUGGUUGCUGCUUGGAGGUAGAUGUGCCGAUGUUGGUGUAUGAGUUCAUACCCAAUGGUACCCUCUUUGAGUUCCUUCAUGGCAAUGAUCACAGAUCACCAAUCCCCUUGGAUCUGCGACUGAAGAUCGCUACGCAGUCAGCAGAGGCUCUUGCUUAUAUUUAUUCAUCAACUUCACGCACCAUUCUGCAUGGGGAUGUCAAAUCACUCAAUAUACUAUUGGAUGAUGAAUACAAUGCAAAAGUUGCAGAUUUUGGAGCAUCAGCACUGAAGUCCUUGGAUAAAGAUGAUUUCAUCAUGUUUAUCCAAGGAACUCUUGGCUACCUUGACCCUGAGACUUUUGUCAGUCAUCACCUUACUGACAAAAGUGACGUCUACAGUUUUGGGGUUGUCCUUCUGGAGCUAAUGACAAGAAAGAAGGCUAUAUACAGUGAUGAUUUUAAUGGAAAGAAAUCUCUAUCUCAUACUUUUGUCUCGUUGUUCCACGAGAACAAGCUCAGCAAUAUGCUUGACUAUGAGAUAAUAGAAGAUGAAGUGAUGGUAGUGCUCUGGAAAGUAGCUGACCUCGUCAUGCAUUGCCUGAGCCCAAGAAGAGACGAGAGGCCAACAAUGAAGGAAGUUGCAGAGCGUCUACAGAUGUUGAGGAGAAUCCAGAUGCAGCUAGUCACAAAAUCAAAUUCUACCAGAGCACAUUACGAUUAUGGAGGAUCAUCAACGCUUGCCCCUUCAGACCAGAUGAAACACCAUAGCAUGGAUACAACUAAACUAGUGAUAGAUGUACACAAGGCAAGAUGAUACCUGCAUCUGUAUUUUAUCAGGGUAAUAGCAAGUAAUUACUUUCUUCUUGAGAUAAACUAGUAUACCUUUCUUGUUGCAAUAAGCCAAUAAACUAGUAUACCUUGCACGGUAACACUAUUUAUGUAUAUUGGUUAGUUUGCUAUAUGCCUAUUUGUAAGAAGCAUUUGCAACUAUCAUGCAGUAUGUACACAUCAAUACUGAUUAUUUCUUACUUACUCUUCGUUUCAAGAAUACGCAGGAGAUAUGCGUAUCAUUUCCAAAUUUCCAAAACAGGGAAUUUGCAUUUGUCGUGAUAAAUCUGUAUAAAUAGAAACAAUUGUGGGAUUUCAGUCAUGUCCCUCACUCCUGACGCUAAAAAAUCCCUCAAAAAUAAUC